AUGGGUAUACUUCUUGAUUGUUUUCGUGGUUCAAAUAGUCAAAGAACUUCUCAUUCAAACAAUGCGGCUACACCGGACGCGGACACUCGUCGACAAGCAGCAGCUGAAGCAGCUAAUCGUCGUAUACAGCAAAAUGAAAGACGUGGUGUUGAUGAAGAUGAAUUACGUCGAAUGAAACGACGUGAAAGUGAACGUGAACGUCUUGAACAACAACUUGCUAAAUUACCAAAACAAACUGAUGAUAAUGGUGGUCUUCGAUGGCAAGUGAAUUAA